AUGGCGUCAGUUAGUUCUUCCAUCCUCUAUGACAACACCUCCGAGCACAAGAGAAGGCUUGCGGGAAAACUGAUCUACUCCACGGGCUCGCUAGUCGCGGCGGUAGUCGCGGAGAUCGUCGUGCUCAACCUUAUAAUUGAGGUUGCUUCAACCCUCACGGCUGUUGACGACUGGGGGGCCGACACAAGGGAGGCGAUGAUUAAGCUCGAGCAGGGUGGAUUUCUCGCGGCAGGCGUCAGGGACUUGGAUGGAGGCAAGGGACUCAGAAAAUCCGGACCAAGCCAAGGCCCUCGCGGAAGCGACGCAGGACAGUUUUGCCGACACCGUCACAAACUACGAGCUCGCCUUCAAUUACGCCGAGAGCACGCCGUUGUACAAGAAGUUUAACGGCUACGUCAUGGACCUCAAGCUUGCCCUCGCCUUCGCCGAUACGCUUUGCCCAGCCACGAAUAUUGCGGCCGGGUUCCUGCACUGGGACUCGCAGACAACGAAGAGUCAGAAGAAGAGGCUUCGUCGUCGUCUUCGUCUUCGUCUUCGUCGUCGUCUUCAUCUUUAUCGUCGUGGUCUCCGUCGUCGUCGUAAUCGUCGUCGUCGUCGUCGUCGUCGUCGUUGUCAUCACUACAUAGACGAAGCCGCUGACUCGGCGCUGCCGCUGUCGGCGGAGUAGAAAUAAAUGAUUUCUACAGGGGCCAGCGUAUAGGUUUCUUGGAGGCCGCCUUGCGCUUUUUUUGUAGUAGGCGGGAAGUCCCAGGGAUCGUCGUCGAUCCUCUCCCUCUUGAUGUAUGUGCGGGCGGACGUCGCCCAAUGCUGAGAGUUGCCGCGCCCAAAGUUAGUUAGGAUAGAGGGCAUCACCACCACCACGGUGAGUCCUGCCUCGAUCUGAUGGUCCGGGUGCGAAAUGAAUGAAGUAAAUGUUAACGUUGUUAGUAUUUCCGGCAAAGUUGCGCCGGAUAGUCCGCCAGAUUUUUUUUUGUUCUCUAGAACUUGCUGUAGAACAGAAAUAAAAUAGAAACGAGCGGGUGCCACAACGUUUUUGACUCACUCCAAUGCAAACAUGUGUUGAAAGAGAGUAUAUUGUAUAUAUAUCCCUUGAACGCGCCAUCAUCUUGAAUGAAUGCUUAGUUUUGUU